AUGAAAUUUACACUUAUUUUCUUAUUAUUUGCCUUUAUUUUGGCGGUACAUUGCGCGCCAAGAUCCACAAAGAAAUCUGUCCGCGCGCGACCUGUUCACACAGCGACUUCAAAACCUAUCCGAGCCCUAAGCCGCUCCUCGAAAUUCGUUUCUCAUCAGUCAAAUAUUCAUAGAAAAAGCGUCAAAACAACAACAACAAGACGACCAAAUAGAGGAAAAAUGGUUGUCAAAAAACCGGUGUCGACUAUUAGUGCUUGUCAUUGGGAUGGCUGUCGAAUGAUUGAAGGCAAAUGGAACUGUUGCCACUUCUUUCAAGGAAUCGAAUUUGUUGCUCGAAUGGCAAAAGCA